UAGAUAGAUUUCAUGGACAGCAAUGGGUGCUACAGGGGGAUCUAUAGUCGGUGUUAUGUUUCUAGGAGCAACAUUUCCUCAAGCAAACUGGAUUGGCGCAUUUUCCGGAGGUAUCGCAGGGAUAGCAAUGGCAACAUGGUUAGCAUUGUGUCAACUUAUGUAUGGCAUUAAACCACCGGUAUCGAGAAGAAUACCAACGACUGGUUGUGUACCUUACAGUUCAUGGGAGAUAAACAGUACAGACCCAACUCCUGCAGGGAUGACUACAGUUAUUCUACAAACAACAGAUACAUUCGCCAGUGAAACAAACAAUUAUUUCAAAUAUUUUAAUCUAUCAGGAAUGGACCGUGAUGAACCGACCGAGGCCGAGUAUAUAUUCCCUGGUUGGCGGUCAGUUUUGAAGAAGACAGGCUACACAGUCGUUAGAAAGCCACGGACUUCCACGGCUGCAGAAAUGGAAUUAAAGAAGAUUGAAAGUUCUGGUUUACAAUCCAUUGUAGCGCCUAUCAAAUCUCUAGACCUUAACUAG